CGAUCACGGAUCAAUGUCAGUGAGAAAUUGUCAUUAUAUGUCUAUUUGCUAGUUGAUACGUUUAAUACUGAGUUGAUACGAAUUCAUCAAAGUAUAAAUAAAAUAAUACAAGUGUUUGGUAAAUAUUAUUUAUAUGAAUUUAAGAAGUUAUGAGUGUGUUUGGUAACCAGCGUCCUACAACCAAAACAAUAUGGCCACCGAAAAGGCCGAUCUUUUAUUCUUCGAUACAUUUUCUCAUGACGCUAGUGAGGAUUUGAACUUAGACCUCGUACAGUUUCCCAAAUCGGUGUUUGUAACAGAAAUAAGGAUAAUACCACUCGGAGCUCGUGUAGAAGGUGAUUUUCCAGGUGGGGUGCGCCUUGGUGCUACAAAUCCAACCAAGUUUCAUAUUGACUUCUUCGUAAAUGACUUAAGUAAGCCAGGAGCAUGUACUUUUGAAGCUUUGGGAAGUCUUGAUUACUGUCAGAAUGGACAAAUACAUAUGGAAUGCAGUUCGGAUGCGGAACAACCUAGAAUACCUACAGAUGGACUAGUUUUGAGAGGUUGUUACACCACUAUUACACUAGCAGUAUACGGCAGCUUAACACAAAUCUUGCCUGAAACUCCAGCUACUGUGAGUGCUCCACCAAACAUACAGCGGCCAAUAAGUAGAGAGGUUGCUGCGCUGCCAACAAAUGUUCCUCAAUCAUCUGAUUGGAAUCAAGAUGCGUCUAAUCCGAUCCCAUCUUACACUGGCAAUGUUGCUACUGCCAACCCAGAGGCAUAUGAACAACCAACAUAUCCAGAAAAUUAUGACAAUCCAAUGUACAGAAAUGAGUACUAUGAUAAUGAGGCCAGAAAAGAUCCUAGAACAUAUCACCAUUUGGAAGAAAACGAGUGGGAGAAAGAGAGACGGGACUUGAGCUGCGAAAGAGACCCAGAUAGACUGAGACACAGCCCUCGGUCUAUGGAAAUGGAUCGAGAGAGGCGGGAAGGCCGAAGGCGUUCACUAGAUAGGGGAAGGAGUCGCGAAUCCUCUAGACACAGAGAUCACAGUCGUGAAGUCGACCGAAUGGAGAGACUCCCGUCUCGAUCGAGAAGUCGCGACCGGGAUUAUAUUGCAAAAGGAGAAUAUCGUAUGAGUCGUUCGAGAUCUCGUAGUAUUGAUCGCGAUUGGGACAGAGGAUCAUACAAGAAAGAGGACUAUAGACGUCGUGGUCCAUCAUAUGAUAGAUCACGCGGUGGUUCCUAUGAACGUUCGCCUUACGAUAAGAGACCACCUUCUUAUGAACGGAAAGUUCCAUACGACAAAGCGGGACCAUAUGAAAAGAGAAUGUCUCCAUAUGAUAAAAGGAGCUCCUCUUAUGAACGUAGAGCGCCAUCUCCGUACGAUAGAAAGAGGCAUUCACCUUACACGCGAAUGCGAGGUUCUAGCUACGGGAGUCGGUCUCCAAGCCGCGAUGAUCCUAGAAAGCGACCAAGAACUCCGCCCGGAGAAAGAAGACCGCUUUCACCUCGAGAAGGUGAUGCUACAAGUCCUAUCAACUCAUUAAGAUCAGAAGAUGGUGAUUUCGAUAGAAACGGAAAGCAAAUUCCGCGUGUGGACUUUUAUCAUCAGAGUUAUAGACAUAAGAGUUCCAUCAGAAGUCCAUCUCAAGAAGGUGACAAUACAUUUGUGGAGCCACAACAUUCGAGUCUCGUUACUGUGCCAAUAGUGGACACUGCCAAUGCAAGUAAAGCUAUUGAGUCACCCGCUCCUACCCAAGAAGACAAAUCAAUGGAUGCCGAGCAAUUUGAGCCAAUUCUAUCUGAUGAAGACAUUUGUGAUGAUUUGGAAGGACCUUCUUAUAUGGAAGUUGAAUAUGAUGUUAAUGAAUAUGACGGUGUGGAUGACAUUAUUAAGUAUUUUAAUCCUUACAAAGAUGAGUGGAAGAAAUAUGAGCAUGUAAAUAAGAUUUAUAUGCUAGCCGAUGUGAAAAAACCAGAAUUAAAAGAUGUUAUGUCAGCUAGUUUCGACGAGUUGUGUGACGUAAGCGCCGAUUUGUUUAAAAUAUUGGAAAUUUCUAGAUCAACAAAGAAAAGGGAACAGAAAUUCUUUUCGAGCACAUUCCAAGAUAUUGAUAACUCGUCUAGGGAAGACUGGGUACAUCUGUGCGAACAACUUUUUGUUUCCCUCACGAAUUUGUGCAAGAAUACAGAUAUCAUUCUACGUGUUUUCCGAUCUUACAGCAGAUCUGAACCGUCUGAUGAGUUCAUUGAUAUUUACAAUUUACUUGUGACAUUUUGCAAGAUUGGUUUAAAUUUUGAGCUAGCGUUAUCACAGCAGCAACCUACGUACAAGAUAAGGCAUAUGAAAUGCGGUAUUCGUCUCGCGGAGGCUUUGAUGUCCCAUAGACAUAAUGGGCAAGUCAUGAGAUUGCUCUUAAACACAGGCAUUGAUAUACCAAUGUUACUGUUGGACAUGUAUUCUAAAGAAUAUAUGGCUCUCAGUAUCCGACUCAUGAUUUUGAAAGCACUUAAUGCCUGUCUUUCAUCAAAAGUAUCUAUGGAUCAUUUCAUGCAAGAAGCAGUGUAUCCUAAAUUCGACAAAAAUGCAAGCGAUAACAAUAGAAAACCAAUGAAUGGUUAUCAAGCACUUAUUUCUAUAAUGGAGUGUAAUCCGCUCGCGAGAGUUAAAUUUUCGCUGAGCGCUCUGAUUAAGAAAUUAAAUGUGUAUGAGGUGCUGGAAAAACUGCAUGAAUUAAUAUUGAAAUUUAAUUCGAAAUCAAGUGCCAAAAGUGAAAGCGAGGAAAAUGACCUGUCUGAAAAUGAUAUUGAGUUCAUAGUACACUCCUUUGAAGAAAUUCUAUACAUGUAUAGAUCUCAUUGUUUCCAUCUUUCACAACCUAAAAGAUUCUUACCUGUGUCUGCUCAAUUUGAGAUAAAUAAAGAAUGCUCAAAUGAGACUCUACUAGAGUUUUUUAACACUCAUCGUUUUUUGGAAACCUGUCUUUUCCUGCUAACAUGUCCUUCCACGUGCAAUAAUCUAGUUAUUACAAGCCGCAUACACGACGUUUUGUAUGAAUUAGUCCAUUCGCACAAUGGGUUAAUGUACUUAUAUAAAAAUAUUGCGUCAAGUGAGGUAUUCUUCAAGAUGUUAGCUCAGCCAGAUGGCCAGCCCAAUACAGAAGAAACAUCUUAUCCUCAUGACAGUAAUUUGAGCAAUUACAGUGAACUGCAGAUUUUAGGUCUCGAGCUGGCCUAUCGACUGAAAGCUGUAUAUUAUCUAGAAUCGAUAUCUGACGUACAAGCGGGAAAGGGAGACGAAAAUGAACUGAUCGAUCGACUCCAGAAUUUGUACUGCCUUAGUUUUGGGAUCGUCGGAAAAACCGCUGUUCCUGAGGUCAUCGUAAUGGGCGAUAAUGCCGAGUGUCUUAUGACAAUUUUUGAACAUAGUUUGAAGAGUAAAGUUAAAAAUGAGUCGCCGUCCAAACACAAAUCACCCGCUAAGGGUUAUGCCAUAGAGCUCAUUGUAUCUGCUGUAAGGUACUCCGCAGAUGUGCCCUUUUUAAAGAAGUACGGUCAGAGGCUGAUAAAUGUAUCGAAGGAACAUGACAGAUUUGAGCCUAGUGUAUCUAGUGUUCUACAAGAAGUGAUUCCGUAUUUGAAACCAGUGGAAAAGCCGACAGUUCUCGCUGGGGAGGACUUGGCGGAAUGCAUCGAAAUAUUAAAGGCCAGUCUAGAACAUUCUGCGGAUUUGCCAGGCGAGCUUAUGACGUGUUUGAGGAUACUUCGUCAUUUCUGUAUAUCUGAUUAUGACUCGAAAGGGAAUAUAAUCUGUGAAACUCCAACUGAAGAGUACGUAGAGCUCAAGUAUAAAUACAAUGUGCUACAACUGUUCUCACUGGAUGGUGUUGCGCACCUGGCUGGAAUCUUAGAUAGAUUAGCCACACAUUUCGACCAGCCUAGCAUGCAUACAUCCUUCUUCACAUCCGUUAGGGGUUUGCAAUUGGCUCAGAUAUUGGUGCCCUGUUUGCGAUUACUGGACGAGAUGUUAGCUCGAGUGGUACGGUGUAGAGGACCUCGGUUCAGAGAUUUGACAGCCGCGCCCAUUUUGUUGAAAACAUACGGACUCGCUAAAGCGUUCCCCGUUGGAUGUAUCGGAUACAGAACGGCGGCAAGGGCGGCUGAAGCGUCAGUAAGGGCUUUGCUCGCGUACGCCCAGCCCAUAGCAGAUGACGCUAACGACGGUGAUUCCAUACGACGUGGUCCUUGGACGUCAUUAUGCUCAGAAGUUAUAUCGUACACAAUGACCGCACCAUACACUUUCGUGCCCGGUUUACUCAUUUUCUCGGAAUUACUUCCAUUGCCACUGCCACUUCAAACUAAAACGGCCCCUUCUGACCGCGAGUUGGCCGAUGCGUCGAAUGAGAGACGACUAUGGUCAGCACACCUGCACGCUCUAUCGAAUGACUUAACAGAUAUGAUCCAAGUCAUCUGCAUGUCAACCUAUCGGCCGGUAGUGCAUAUGUUGCGAAGGGUUUGCAUACAAAUCGCGGAUUUAGCGCCUAAUACGGCCGCUACCGUAGCCAAAGCAGCGGUAGGAGCUGUGACGCGUGAAAUUAAAGAUGGCGAACCGGCAUCCUCAAGCAUGUCUAGAGUUCUUGGAUUUCUAGCCUGCCUUGUCUCUCACGCGCCUGUGAAAUGUGCCGUUAUACACGCUAUGAGCAACGGCCCAAAAGCAAAUGAAGUUCAGGCUGCCUUAUGCGGAAUUUUCAGUUUGUCAAAUGCGUCAAGCGAACACGCAGCUGCGCAGGAGUUCGCUGCGCACGCGCUCGCCGCUCUUUGCGACGCUGAAGUUACACUAACACCUCUAAAUGCAGCUACAGAUGUCAUUUUAGCGAAUUCCUUGCCAAAUAGGGAAGCAGUAAUGGCACUGCUAGAAGCUACUGCGGAUUGUCUGGGCUCUGCUACUAGAACGUGUGCAGUAGCAUCGUCAGUGCUACGCGCGUAUUACGUGAUGACAGAACAUGACUAUGGGUUCCAGCAGUUCAGAAAGUUUGUGACUAAACGACGGGAAUCUUUGGGGAAGUUCUUUAAAUGGGUCGUCGAAGGUGCGGGUGAUGAUAAAGUGGAGUGCAUUAAUCUUUAUAUCGAUUUGAUUAAAGUAUUAAGGAGUGAGGAGGGAGUUGGGCCUCUGGGAAGGAAGGGAUUGCUGACGUUAAACGAAAUGGCCGAUAUGGUCGCGUAUACUGCGGACUGCGAAGAUCAUCCUGUUAUCUCUUUGGAGAAAGUAUUAAAGGAAAGAAACGUUGAUGAGGAAACCAUUGCCAAUGCAAGUUUUCUCUUCACGAAUCUGCAGAAACUAAAGUCGGAGGAGCCCGCACAAGCCGAGAGCAGUGACUCAGUGCUGCCGGCCCCGGAACCGCUGGUGACUCAGUUCGCUUCCCGGCUGAUGUACACUAUUGGAGACUCGAAUGAUGAGAGACUGACGAGCAGCUAUUGGUUGAACGUGCCCGCCGCGAGCGGGGAUGAUGAUGUUAAUGAUACUGAGCUGGUAUCCUGCGAUAUAAUGGAGAUAGCGAACGUGCACCUCUCCGCAUCGGGCGGCGCGGGUGCGAGCGGGGUGGCGCUGAGCCGCGUGCGGGGCGAGGCGGGGCUGGGCGCGGGGGUGUGCGGCGCGGGCGCGGGGGCGGCGCUGGGGCUGGGCGCGGGGGGCGCGGGCGGGGGCGUGGGCGGGGGCGGCGCGGGGGGCGCGGGGGCGGACGCGUUCCGCUCGCGGCCGCCCAACACGUCGCGCCCGCCCUCGCUGCACGUGGACGACUUCACCGCGCUGCACCACGUGUACGCACCCAAGAUCAACAGAGGCGGGCGUCGCGGCGCGGCGGCGGAGCGCGGCCGCUUCGCCGGCCCGCACCCGCACUACCGACAGCUUCGCGGUCGUGGCGCUUGGGAAAUGGGGGCACAGCACGUGGGGCACUUUCCCCCCUCCUCGCCUUAUAUGAUGGGCGGAAUGGGUUGGGGUGGCGCAAGGAUGCAGCGUGGGCCCAGACACCGGUCAUUUAUGCGAUAGACACAGAAUAUAAUAUAUCACAUGUUU